AUGCCGGUGAACUCGGUCGCCGAAAACGCUCUAGGAACAAUCGGUACUGUGUGCUGGACGAUACAACUUGUACCACAAAUAUGGAAGAGCUGGAGGGCCAAGUCGACAGAAGGGCUGUCUGAAUGGUUGAUGCUGCUAUGGGGGUUCUCGGGCGCAACAUUAGGGGUGUACGCGAUCGUCAAGAACUUGAAUAUACCUCUAAUCCUGCAACCACAAUUAUUCGGCACUCUUUCGUUCAUUGGUUGGGCGCAGUGCCAGUAUUACGGCCGUAAGCGAUCUAAAUGGACCUCCAUAGCCAUGUAUGUCGCAGUGAUGGCCUUCUCUGCCGGAUUUGAGGUUGGCAUGAUUUAUGCUGUCAAGCCCGCAUACCAUCACGGAAACAUACGUCCCGUGCAAUUUUUCGGCAUCUUCAGCUCUGUGCUCAUCUCAACUGCUCUAAUACCGCAAUACUGGGAAAUCUACAAGUACAAGGAGGUCAUCGGCAUUUCCGUCCUCUUCAUGCUCGUCGAUAUGCUCGGGGGCAUCUUCAGCGAUCUGUCCCUCGCGUUCAAGGAAGACUUUGACAUCAUCGCGGGCGUCACGUAUUCGAUUGUUGUGGUCAUGGACGCCGCGAUCAUUAUAUGUGCACUGGUCCUCAACCCUGUAGCGAAACGCCACAGGAAGAUGUCGACUGUCGCUGAAAACGCUCCUGACGAUGAUGUUAGAGUGGGCGACGUGGAAAGACAGGGCACUGCGCCUCCACGAGUGCUUGAGAAGCCGGUGGAGAUGGAAGAUCGGACACUCGUAUGAGCUUACGCGCUCU